UGCUCUAGGUAUGUGUGACAGACAGUGUGCGUACGUGUGUGAGUGUUUGCGAUGUCAAAGGAUACACAGCAGAAUGAGAGAGAGAGAGAGAAAGAGAGAUAGGAAGGACCAAGUGACAGCCUGAAAAUCUAAAGGGGGGAAAUUAUAAGACUACACUCAAGACAGUGAAAAACGAAAGAGAUAAAAAAAAGUCAGAAAGAAUGAUGAAGAAAAUCAGAAGAACAACCAGAACUCAAAAACAUGAACAACAGAGGACGGACAUCUGUGAAAAGGAAAUUAAGCACCAACGACUGGCACUGUAGCUAAACCCAGCAAGCGGUCAUGGACAACCGUUCAUCUACCCAAUCCUUCCCCAGCCUCCACCACCAUCGCCACCGCCCAUCCUUUCAGCUCACCUUGCCCAGCCUUCAGAGCCCAGAAGCGGAAUACCAGGCUGCCGUGGACUCCCUGGAGCAGUACGGAAGCAGGGGGGGAGAAUCUACAACGUCUUACUUGACUUCAAGCACCCCUUCCGGGGAAAGAAGGGGGAGCAGUGGGGGUGAUAGAGGCUUCCAAAAUACAAGUGGUAGUGGUCUGGAUGGGGAUGCUAGCUUGGGAGGCCAUCUUGACAGAGAUAGCCAGUUAGGCAGCCAUUUUGCUGACAUCUGGUAUGGUGUUAGCAAAAAAGAGGAAGUUUGGGAAGACGGUGAGAGUUGUGAAAGCAUUGCAGAUGAUUUUUAUAGUAAAAGUGAUUGCUAUAGUAACGCAAAUGAUGCUUUUUACUCCAUGAAUUGUGGCAGCGAGCAGGGACUCAGGCGUAAACUCAGAGCAAACUAUAAUAAUUGUGCCCAAGUUAGCUAUGAAGCUAAAAGUGAAACCGUUUACAAUAGGGAGGCUAACAUUAGCCACUUUCCUAAGCAAACUACUUCCCACAACAGAAGUAUUGCAGGAAGCUUUAGUGACAGCAGUGUAGAUUAUUGUAGGACAGAUUCAAGAGUGAGUGAUAAUUAUUUAAGAAGAGAAGAAGACUAUAUUUCCAGCUGUGGCUCGGGUGAGGAUCAGCUUCAACCAGCAGAGGUUGAGGGACCCUGGCUCAGUGUCUCUCCCUCGAGUCAGACUGGAGAAGGGAGGUGGAGAGGAGCAGCAGACACCCUUACUUCGGCCUCACGGUGCCUUCCCCAGAGGUCAACUAUCAGUAUCAGCAGUGGGACGUACACUCAGAAACUGGACUCCUUCUCUGAGGCUUUCCUCUCUCAGAGAAAGAGCAGAUUCCCUGUGAUUUCCAGUGGGGAUUCCUCUGGACAGAUGUGGGAAUUUGGAGUAGGGAGAGGAGAAAGCCCUGGGUUGGUCAAGUCAAGGCACAGCUGUGCUUUUGAUUCAGACUCCUACCUGCCUCCCUCCUCCUCUUCUUCACCAGUUCACCCCUCUCUUCCAUCUUUUCCCUCUCCUCCCGCAUCGUCUCACCUCAUGUCUUCAGUUCUUAGUCCUCCUCCCACACCUCUACCUCCUCCUUCUCAAUCGCCCUCCAAAAUGGACUCUCCCAGUGCAUUCGGAGGAACUGGACAUUCAGUUUCCCAGGGGGGAGAAUCAAUGGCUACGCUCCAGUUUUUCACGUCCCGCCUUCAGUCUCUCCCAUCUGUCCAUUCCUCUGGGAUGAUAUGGAAGUUUCCACUGCUGUCACAUUGUUUUCCACAGUUGUCAGGUGACCCCAGCAGCAAUGAGGGCAACCUAGGAUCUUUGCUUGGUGCUGACUAUGGCAAUACCACAGUCCCACAUGACAUCCUUCAGUCUCCUGAAUCGUCCUUCCUCACUUCCUCAUCCCAUUGUCCAUCCCUCCAUCCUUCACCAGGAGCCCUCUGUUCCUUGAAUACUCCAUCCCACCAUAGUUCCCUCCACUUUCCCUCACCUCCAUCUCACCUUUCUGGCCAGCAUUAUGAGUCAGCAGAAAAGAUAGCUACUUACUUGACCCAGAAAGUAAACAAUGGACCAGCCAGUGUGAACCAGUCACAGGUACAGCAACCACCCUCUCCAGUCUACACUGGAACUCCGUUUCCCAGUAUUCUUCACUCCAGCAGGGGUCAGAAGAGGGGCCACUACACUCCCCGGCCCCUCCUCAAUCCAGUCCGCAGGGGGACGGGGCUGUACUCCUCCCUCUCAUCUCUCCAUUGCGGAGAGAACAAAACAUCAUGCAGGGAAGAGGAAGAGAAAUGUGAGCUGUUACGGUAUGUCAAUGUUGGUUAUGAGUUUCAGGCAGUGCUUCCUCCGUUCUUCGUAGAUGGUGAGGGGUCAGGGGCGGGCUCACCAGAGGAGGAAUCCCCCAGGGAACAGUUACUCUGGAAACCAUGGCAGGAGCUGGAGGAGAGCGCUAACUUACAAAACCAAGUGGAGAAGCUGUUGUCCAUGUGUAGUUCGAGCUGCCUACCAGGUGGGGGCAGUAACACAGAGCUGGCUCUGCACUGUCUGCACUACUGCCAGGGGAACACAAUGGCCACUCUGGAGAUGCUGCUGUUUUCACAGCCCUCACCAACAGGAGACUACCACUACUCUGGUAGUGAAUUUUGGACGGAUACUGAAAAGAGUCUCUUCAGUACAGCUCUGGGGACUCAUGGAAAAGACUUUUCACUCAUACAGAAAAUGGUAAGGACUAAGACAGUGAACCAGUGUAUUGAGUUUUACUACCUGAGCAAGAAGCUCCUGGACAAGCAGAAGAAACAGAAGGAGGAAGAGAACAGAGCUGGAGAGCACGAGCAGCAGAAAAAUGUGACGCCCAUUUGUCAGCCAGUGAUCAGACAGUUUGGACUGGAGGAGGCAGUUCCUGUGCCCUCAUUGGCCAGCUUCUUCCCCUGCAAGCUGUGUGGCAAAAUGUUCUAUAAAAUCAAGUCCCGUAACGCUCACAUGAAGAUCCACCGGCAGCCCCAGGAGGAUUGGACCGACCGGCGGCUGCAGCACCAGCUCCUCACCCAGCGUCUGGCCCUCAGUUGUUCCGCCAACCUCAUGCCCACCACAGGCAGUAAUCUGCUUCCAUCUCAGGCCCCAGCUCUGGCCUUUUCCUCCUCUGGCCUCGCUGGAACAUCAAGCAGCAACAGCAAUGCAGACAAUAUUCUCAACUCUGUGACCAAUAGCAGCAUCUCUCCCAGCAAUGCCAGUGUCCAAGAUCCCAGCACUGCAGUAACAUAUGGCAACGCUGCUGCAGACUCUCAUGUAAUCAUCAAUAUUGAUGCUAGUGACUCAAAUCAAAGGGAGCCCACCACUGUCUUACCUUUCCACCAGUCAUGGGGCUCAUUUGGGCAUGGCCCCAACUCUGCUGCCUUCUAAUGCAACACAGAAGGGAAAGAGGAUAUAGGAGAUGGGUCAAUGGGGGGAAAAGAGCCAGUCAACUGGCCACUUUGGCCUGUGAUUUCAAACUAAAAUUCAAACUCAUUUUUAAUUCAAACGUCUGUACUUUGUAACUCAUUUUUAAGAAAACAACAUUUUUUUGUAAAGUGUGUAACAUAU